CCCUCCUCUCCUCUCUCAAUGUCUCCCGCCACGCCCCCCUCCUCAACCUCCCUCACCCUCAAAACCCCGCGCCGCUUCCUCUUCAUCGCCUCGAUCGGCAACCCGCGACCCUAUCGCCAAACCCGCCACAGCGCCGGCCACAUCCUCCUCGAAGCCCUCACACCCCUCCUUCCAGCCCGCGCACCCCUCGUCUCCUCCCUCUCUUCCAAUGGUCCCCUCUUCUACAAAACCUGGCACAGCCCAUCCUACAUGAAUGAGUCCGGCCCCAAACUUCUCCGCCAAUUCCAAUCCUGGCUCUCCUCCACCCAAACCGAAACAUUCAAGUCCGUCGUACAGCGCGGUCACGUUCGUGUCGUCGCGACCCCCGAGCGACAACAUCCCGAGUGGCAACAUCCCGAGUGGCAGAUCCGCGGCGUGGAUCCGGUUUCUCUGCGCCAAUUCUCGCCUACAUUGGUCAUUCUGCAUGAUGAGUUGGAGGCGCCGUUGGGAAAGAAGGCCAGUCUGAGGGGCCAUCGCGGGCUGAUUAGUGCGUUUGAGAGUUUGAGGGGGAAGGGGCUGUAUCCGCCGAAGAAAGGAGGUUUGGGGGAUCUGUCGGUUCUGCGCAUCGGCGUGGGGAUUGGGAGGCCCGAGACGAGGAAUCGUGGGGAUGUGGCGGAUUAUGUUCUUGCGGAAAUGAGUCCUGCGGAAUUGGCGGCCGUGCGGGCCGCUGCGGUGCCGGUUAUGGAGGCGUUGGCUGAUGAGUUGUACCGGGAGGGGGGGGAGCCGUGAUGGUUGUGAUGGGAUGGAAUGGGAUAUAAAUAUAGAGGUGGUUUCGAGAUACCCCUGUUAUUAGUUUUUGGAUUUCUCACAUAGAUGGAUGGUCUACAUAUGUAAUCAUGGAUGGAUAUGGGAAUUCCAAAAUAAUUUAAUGUAAUUUUAACAAUGAGUUCCCCAAGGCUGUUUUGAUGCAGAAGCAGAGAUAAUUAGAGCGGCUAUCAGGGAAAUCGACAGGCACGCAGGGUAAUAGAACAGAUAAGCAAGAAA